GUGUUUCAUUGGACCCAGGCCGUUUUCCGGAAAAUUCAAGAAAAGGGAUUCCAGACAGCGUACAACGAAAAGGGGGACGUGUUUAAUUAUUUGAGGCGAUUGAUGGCUCUCCCUUUCCUGCCCGAAGAACACGUGGCGGGCAUGUUUGCCCAUUUGAAAGACAGGUGCCCAGAACAGUUAGAGCCGAUAUGUACAUACAUAGAAGAUCAAUGGAUUUCAUCUCGUCUGUUUCCAAUAGAAGAUUGGUGCGUGUUUAUGUUGCCAGUGAGAACCAAUAACGACGUGGAGGGCUGGCACAACAGACUAAAUUCCCGUGUCAACGCCAGAGGUCCUGUGCCAUUUUAUCUAUUGAUUUGCGCACUUUUUUCAGAAGCUACAAAGAUACCACUGGACCUCACAAUGAUGUCGGAAGGUUCAUUGAGACGACACCAAAGACGUCGGUAUCGACAUGUAGAAGGCCAACUUUUUAAUAUAUGGGAUUCAUACAAUGAAAAACAGAUGAGCACUAGUAGACUAUUAAAAAAAAUAAGUCAUUUGUAUGGUCCACCCGCUCAGUGAAAAACAAUUACAUAAUUAAAAAAAUGAAAAAAAAAAAAAAAAAAAAUGAAUAGCCGACUAAAGCUAUUUUUUCAUCAAAUAAAUACACGUGUUGUUAUAAAUGUUGCGUUAAUGUAUGAAUGUGUAUGUAUUUAUACAAUAAAUGAAUGUUUUAUAUGACCGUUGUUAUCGCUAUAUGGUAUGUUUAAAAAUAAAAUAAUAUGCCCGUUGUUAUAAAUCGAUGUUAUCAUUUUAUGCUAUGUUGAUAAAUAAAAUAGUUUAUAAAGUAAAUUGGCGUCAGUGUGUUGUAUAAUUCUAUCUUACCUACCCGAGUCCGAAACGUCACCUACCCGAGUCCGAAACGUCACCUACCCGAGUCCGAAAUGUCACCUACCCGAGUCCGAAAUGUCGGGGACAUAUUUUUUGGAGUCCGAAAUGACGUAAGUCCGAAAUGACGCGGGACCGAAAUGACAUGUA